AAAAAUCAAAGAGAGAGAAAGAGAGAGAAAAAGAAAUCGAAAGAAGAAGCGGCGAACGGAAAAGAAGUCGCCGUUGAUGAUUGAUGCCGAAAAUGAAGCAUCUCUUGCGGAAACUCCACAUCGGCGGUGGUUUAAAUGAGCACCAACGAUUGGCGGAGGUGCAGCCGAUGAUCAGCUCGAGUCCAAGUCCGAAAGUGACGGGACAAGGAACAACGACGUCUUCUUCUUCUUCUUCUUCGGCGUCUUCUGUUGAUUCGGGUACAAUGGGGAGAAUCGGGACCGUUGAAUCGAUCGGGGGAGAUCGGACGGCAGGAGAUGAGGUGGAUGUUAAUUUAUUGGAAGAAGAGUUUCAGAUGCAAUUGGCGUUGGCGAUCAGUGCUUCGGAUCCCGAGACGGCUCAGAUCAACGCUGCUAAAAGAUUUAGCCUCGCCGGCGCCGGCUCCGACGCCAACGCUUUUGUUGAGUUACUCUCCAUUCGUUAUUGGAACUAUAAUGUGGUAAACUAUAAUGAAAAAAUUGUGGAUGGAUUUUAUGACUUGUAUGUGGUUGCCUCAACCCUUGGUCUGGAAGGGAAGAUGCCAUCUUUGGUUGAUCUUGAAGCAGUGUCAGUGUCAGAAAAGGUUGAUUAUGAAGUAAUUUUGGUUAACCGGUUGCUUGAUCCUGAACUGCAAGCACUUGAGAAGAGAGUGUAUAACAUAUAUGUGCAGUCCCUAGCCAUAGGCCAUGGCCUGGUUUUGAGUGACUGGAUUCAGAAAAUUGCAGAAAUAGUUGUCAACAGAAUGGGUGGGCCAGUAGCUGAUGCUGAAGAAAUGUUGAGAACAUGGACCUUGAGAAGUUAUGAGUUACGGAAUUCUCUUAACAGUAUCAUUCUUCCAUUGGGAAGAAUUGAUGUUGGACUUUCGCGCCACAGAGCCAUUCUGUUUAAGGUUCUAGCUGAUAGAAUUAAUCUCCCAUGCAUGCUGGUCAAAGGGAGCUAUUGCACUGGCACAGACGAUGGAGCUGUGAACUUGGUUAGAAUCAACAAUGGAAGCGAAUAUAUUAUUGAUCUGAUGGGUGCUCCUGGAACACUGAUUCCAGCUGAAGUACCAAGCUGUCAGCUUCUAAGGUCUGCACUGGAUGUAAGGGGCUUUAAUGAAGUCUCUCAAGGUUCGUGUUUGGUAUUUGACAAAGAAAUCGAAAAUUUGGCAGUUUCAGCUGCUCUAAAUAUGGGAAUUAAAAUUGGUGCCACGAGGGCAGCAGAAUAUGCGAGCAGUCAGACAAAUGAUGAUGGGAGGAACCUUGCCAGAAGAGAUGUUAGUGAGAGAUCUGAACAGGAGUUCGGGAAGCUUCUUCCCUCGGCACCCAACUAUGGUGAUAGCUUUUCUGGCAUUCAUGAAAAACCUUCACCAGCACAAAAGAGAAAGGUUAAAAAUGUUUCGAAGUAUGUUAUUAGCGCAGCAAAGGACCCAGAGUUCGCUCAGAAAUUACACGCUGUUUUAUUGGAGAGUGGUGCAUCACCUCCUCCAGAUUUGUUCAUGGAUAUUAGUUCUCAGGAUCUUAGUGAACAAAGUAUGCCUGAGCAAGUACUGAUAGGAACAAAUGUGGCUACUGCUGCUAGCUGCAAUUCAAAUUUGUUAGGCAAUGAGCAUUGCCUUGUAUCCACUGGAAUGGAGGCUUCAGAAAAUAUUAAUUCCAAUAUGAGGCAAAAGCAAAUGGCUAAGCACCAAAGGGAGUUAGAAACUAAUGUUAUAUCUGAUGCUUCAAACGAGGGAUUUCUUCUUGGUAAUUCAGCUGAUGGUUGGAUACAAGUUCGCGAGUCUUCCUUCUCUGCUAAUGAGUUUUGCCAAAUACAGCCAGAAAAUGUCUUGGCCAUGGAUGAGAAACUACUACAAAGGACUUCUGGCACUGGUUUCAAUAAAGAAUCUGCGUUGGAAUUGAUUGAAAGCACAAAUAGUGAUUUGCAUCUGGCUAGCAAUGGAUGCAGUGAGAAAAUUUAUCCUAUGCCAAGAGAAGUUUCAGAAUGGGAAAUUCCAUGGGAGAAUCUUCAAAUUGGUGAACGCAUUGGUAUUGGAUCAUAUGGUGAGGUCUACCGAGCAGAUUGGAAUGGCACUGAGGUUGCUGUGAAGAAGUUUCUAGAUCAAGACUUCUCUGGUGAUGCAUUGGUUCAAUUUAAAUGUGAAGUUGAAAUCAUGCUAAGAUUGAGGCAUCCAAAUGUUGUUCUUUUCAUGGGAGCUGUUACUCGUUCUCCUAAUUUCUCUAUAUUGACAGAGUUUCUCCCCAGGGGAAGUUUGUAUAAGCUACUGCAUCGAUCCAAUCCUCAACUCGAUGAGAAAAGAAGAAUGCGAAUGGCUCUUGAUGUGGCAAAAGGGAUGAAUUAUUUGCACACAAGCAAUCCUACUGUAGUGCAUCGAGAUUUGAAAACACCAAACCUCCUUGUUGAUAAGAACUGGGUCGUAAAGGUCUGUGAUUUUGGGUUGUCACGCAUGAAGCAUCAUACUUUCCUAUCCUCAAAGUCUACUGCUGGAACGCCUGAAUGGAUGGCACCGGAAAUUCUAAGGAAUGAGCCGGCCAAUGAGAAAUGUGAUGUGUACAGUUUCGGUGUAAUAUUAUGGGAAUUGGCUACUUUAUGCAUUCCCUGGAAAGGUUUGAAUCCAAUGCAAGUUGUUGGAGCUGUUGGAUUCCAAAAUAGACGUCUAGAAAUCCCUAAAGACAUUGAUCCGGUGGUUGCACAGAUCAUUCGUGAUUGUUGGCAAACGGAGCCACAUCUACGACCAUCAUUCACACAGCUCAUGUGCCGUCUACGGCGACUUCAACAUCUGUACAUCGAAAGGCAAAACUCGACAAAUCAAAUUAUAGAAUGAUAAGGUACACAGUGUUUGAUGUAAUAAGUACUCGAUUAUCCGUUUCCUUGGUCAAAGACCGAGGCAGACGGUUUUCUUUUUUCUUUUUAAAGUGCAAAGAAAGUUAGUCGGGAGUCGGGGAAAGUGUCGGCUCAUUCGAAGUGGGAGAUCGGCGUACUUCCCCAAUCCUAUAAAUAGACUGGAUUCAAUCCUCUUUAAAGUAAAGCCUUUGAGGAUACCUCUUGAAAAAUUGUGUUUUAGUAUCAUGAAUAGGUAGAGCCUUUGUCAAGUGUAAGAAAGUUACCAAAAAGGAAAAAAAAGAAAAAGAAAAAUAAUAAAUAGUCUGCCAAAUUAUUGAUCUUUUUAGGUCUUUGUUUUGGGUAAAGAAAAUCCCAAUUCUUGGAAAUUGUAAACAUUUGAUUUUCUAUGUGAAAAAACAUAAUAGGUAAAGGAAAGA